CUGACGAUUAACAGGUGUAGGUUUGUGAGCUCGGGCUAUAAAUCCCACAGGAGAGCUCUCCAGCCACCCUUUGGGGAAAGGCAAACGGCUGCAGGGAGAUCUUGGUACCUGCCUUCAGUGAACCAUGGGACUCAGUGAUCAGGAAUGGCAGCAGGUCCUGACUGUCUGGGGAAAGGUGGAAGGUGACAUUGCUGGCCAUGGGCAUGAAGUUUUAAUGAGACUCUUUCAGGACCACCCUGAGACCUUGGAUCGCUUUGAAAAGUUCAAAAACCUGAAGACCCCAGAUGAGAUGAAAGGCUCUGAAGAUCUGAAGAAACAUGGAGUUACUGUCCUUACUCAGCUGGGAAAAAUCCUGAAGCAGAAGGGUAAUCAUGAGGCAGAAUUGAAGCCCCUGGCUCAAACCCAUGCGACCAAGCACAAGAUCCCUGUCAAAUAUCUGGAGUUCAUUUCUGAAGUCAUUAUCAAGGUCAUUGCUGAAAAGCAUGCUGCAGACUUUGGGGCUGAUGCCCAGGCUGCAAUGAAGAAGGCCCUGGAGCUGUUCCGAAAUGAUAUGGCCAGCAAGUACAAGGAGUUUGGCUUCCAGGGUUAGCACUUGUGCACAGAGGAACAGCAAGAUGGAGGCCUGGCCAUGCUAUCUUAGAAUAGCUUCCCCAGCACUGUUCUGGACAUCUCCCAGCUGACUAUCCAAGAUAUGUGGGAAAGCUUUGAUGAGAAGCCAAGAGUCACUCCAGGCAGCAAUAAAGGCCCUCAGAUUGAUAUCCAUGAUAAAGCGUUGUUUCCUGGCUUCAUGUAUGCAAGAAAAAUAAUCUGCUUUCUUAGGGAAAAUAAUGUCAAGGCUUACCUGUAAGCUUCUGCCUAUCCUAUCCUCUUUUGCUUUCUCCCUACCUAAAAUCCAUUCUGACCUAAGAGGUGAAUGGCACAGCCAGAGAUGAAGGGAUAUGGAGGAACAAGGAGAGGAGUGUGGUGAAUGUUGUGAAAGGAUGACUCGGAUGGUAUGAAAAGGAUGUCAGGAUGGGAAGCAGGGGCACAGUAUCCUAUUCCUCCCACAGGUGAGACUUAGCAGGUUAUUGUGGAGAGCUUCCAGCACAGAUUUACCUUGCUUUGUGGGAAUGAACGCAACCAGUCAGUCUCCAGGGUCUGCCAGCUCAGAAACAUGCAUUAGUUGCUAAACACACAUCAGCAAAAUGAUAGAGCAGUCCAUCCUGCCAUCUGUAGUUGUCUGGUAAUCUAUGCUAUGCAUCUAAAGUUCUGUUUCACUGGGAGAUAAGGUGUGUGUUUCUCAGAGAAUAAAAAUUCCUUCACCAGU